AUCGGCCUGGCGAAGAUGCACGAAUAAUUCCGAGUGAGGCGCGCCAGGUCCGAGUCCCAAGUUUCGUAUCAUUAGUACACGCAAUGUCCACAAGAAGGCACUGUCAAUUGAAAACGCGAUAGGCGUACAUGUGUGCGUUUGUCGCUGGUGCUGACGCACAAUCGGCAUACACAACACCGUCGUGACGCGACGUCGACGUACCGUAAUCGCGUGCAACCGCAGCAACAAAAUCGUUCCGAUUUUCGCGAUUAUUCUACGGGGACGUGUUUCAAUUCCCCGAACGGGCAACGAAACUUUUGUCAAUUACAAACGUCACGGUUCCACGUGGACGGUUCCCCUGUUAUCAAGCUCUCUGUACAUCGAUGGGUCUCAGUGACUUCAUAGGAAUGCAAUCGACCCGGUCGAGGCCCUCUUCGAUCUGACAGAUCGCCAUGCCAUCAUGAAUGCCACGGACAGCAACAGCGGCGUCAACGGCAACGACAGCAACAACACGAUCGCGGCCAAGACGAACGCGCACGGCAACAGUGUUCGUCUGCAGAGCGUGAUCGGCAAGCAGAGCAGCUGCGUGCGCAAGAUGAGCACGAUGCCGGAGGAGGAGGAUGCCUCGGACGAUAUGGAUCCUGACGUGAUAAGGAUAGGGCACCAGCAUCAUUAUCAGCAUCAUCACGACGCCGAUUCGGAUUCCCCUGUCGAGGAAAGGGGCCGUUUGUUGAGCAUCACCGAUUCGACCACUGCCCAUCAUCGAAAGAUCGCCAUUACCCCUUCGAGCUCGAGCAACCUCCACCACUGUAACGGCUUGAAGAAGGCCAUCCCCCGUAACGACAGCGGGAACAGCAUCCACGAGAGGGCGUAUUCCCGCCUCCAACAAUCGAGAUCCGGGGAUCAGGUCGGUCAACCAGAGACGAGGCUUCUGAAUCGUGACAAUCCUCAGGGUAUACUCAGAUCGUCCGCUCGGGGAAUCGACUCGCACGGUGGUGGACGGUAUCGUUGCUCGAGCGUGAGAUCGGUGAAAUCUAAUCCGACGAUGGAUGAACACCAUCACCAGUAUCAUCCACCGGCGGCCAGCUGGGCAUCGAUCGUGUUCUCGGACGGAAACGGGCAAACCCACGUCCGCACGCUUCCCGAUUCCGUCUCUAUACGCUCUCUAGCAUCGAUCGGCAUGGGCUCUUCAAACGGGCGGAAGCUCACUAUACGUAGAGUUCUCACUUCGCCGUCGGAGCUGCUUAACAUGGUACAUCCGCCGCCAUCAUUCGAAGAUGACUUGUCCGUGUGUACCAGCUUCGACGAUGCUGAAGAUGACGCUCAGGACCCAGGAGACUACAGACAAUCUAGACGACCACAUUGGGCCAACAAAAUGCAAUUUGUCCUUGCUUGUAUCGGUUAUUCUGUUGGCCUCGGUAAUAUUUGGAGGUUUCCUUACCUAUGUUACAAAAGUGGCGGUGGUGUGUUCUUGAUACCUUACUUCUUAAUACUUGUAGUAUGUGGAGUACCAUUAUUGUAUAUGGAACUUAGUAUUGGACAAUUUACACGAAGAGGACCGAUCGGUGCUCUCGGUCAAAUUUGUCCCUUAUUUAAAGGAGCUGGCUUGUCUUCGGUAGUAAUAUCAUUUUUGAUGUCGACUUACCAUAACGUCAUAAUAGCCUACGCUAUAUAUUAUUUCUUUACGGCGUUCAGAGCAAAACAACCAUGGUCCGACUGCGAAAAUUCAUGGAACACAUUGGCAUGCUGGUUACCUACUUAUAGUGGCAUCGAUAAUAGAACAAGACCAAACGCUUCGAGAACUCCAGCCGAAGAAUUUUUCGACAACAAAGUACUCCAAAUUAGUAAUGGAAUCGAAGAAUCAGGGCCAUUAAGAUGGGAACUGAUUGCUUGUUUGAUUACCGCUUGGAUCAUGGUAUAUUUCUCCGUUUGGAAGUCCAUCAAAUCAUCGGCACAAGUGAGAUACCUGACCGCGACUCUGCCAUUUCUUUUAAUCGUCGUCUUCCUCAUGCGGUCCCUUACCCUUGAAGGUGCUGACAAGGGUCUGCAAUUUUUCUUCCGCCCUCGUUGGGAACUGCUCGCCGACGCGAAGGUCUGGAUCUACGCAACCGCUCAAAUUUUCAAUUCCGUGGGCAUAGCGUUUGGUUCGAUGAUAUGUUUCGCGAGUUACAACAAAUUCCAUAAUACUAUCCUAAUAGACACUAUGGCUGUUUCGCUCAUAAACGGUUUUAGCAGCUUACUUGUUGGAAUAUUUUCAUUUGCUACUAUCGGAAAUAUUGCUCUCGAACAAAAUAUGUCUGUCGAAGAUGUUUUAACAGAUGGACCUGGCCUCGUAUUCGUUCUUUACCCGCAAGCGUUAGCCAAGAUGCCAGCAUCGCAAGUGUGGGCCGUGUUAUUUUUCUUUAUGCUAGUCUGCCUUUCUUUGAAUAGUCAGUUUGCAAUAGUGGAAGUUGUUGUAACAUCGAUACAAGAUGGCUUUCCGAAAUGGGUAAAACGUCAUUUAACGUGUCAUGAAAUGUUAGUACUUUUAGUAUGCGUUAUAUCAUUUUUGUUUGGCCUACCUAACAUCUCACAGGGUGGAAUUUAUUUUUUCCAAUUGAUAGAUCAUUAUGCUGCCUCGAUAUCGAUAAUGUUUUUAGCCUUCUUUGAAGUAAUUGCGAUAUCUUGGUUUUAUGGCGUACGAAGAUUGUGCAAUAAUGUGAAAGAAAUGACAGGACGUGUACCGUCCUCAUAUUUUCGAUUUUGUUGGCUCAUCGCUGCACCUUUUCUUAUCAUGGCUGUGUGGGUAUUCAGUUUAAUUGAUUAUGAACCACCGACCUACCACAAUGGUGAAUACAAGUACCCGUGGUGGGCAGAGGCGAUCGGUUGGGGAAUAGCCUCUCUUUCGCUCAUUUGCAUUCCCGCUUUCGCUAUCUACGAGUUCAUCAGAGCCAACGGGAAUACUUGUGCAGAGAAAUUACGGAACUCUAUUAAGCCGCAUUUCGAAGCGUGUAAAAUUUGCGGCCAAGAAUACUGUAACGAGUCCAUGCACAAUUUCGAGGAGGAUAUGAUCAAGGAACAACAGGACGCAAAUAGUCCGAUACAAUUGAGCAUCAGUCCCCCUUUGUCGAAAUCCCAGACGUAAAACUAUAAAGUUAAUCGUUUGAAAACACGGGUAUCUUUUAUAUAUAUAUAUACAUAUGUUUUUGGAAAUGAAAAUGGAGUUAACCGAAAACGUUGGCUAAAAUUGAUAUUUGAUUUUUUGCUCUUUAUUGUUUAAUAUACAAUUUAUCGUGGUUUAGUUAUUUGUAUUUGUCAAAAAUUAAGCUUUAGAAUCCCAAAUUUUGUAAAUUUAUUACACAAAAAUUAUAAAAAAUAUUUAAAAUUAAAUAUUAAGAUCGAUAUUUAACAAUUUUAGUAAACAAUUUUAUUAUUAACAAAAAAGUAUUAUCCUUGGAUACUGAUGAUCUUUUCAUAUUAAAAUAUUAUCGAGAUCGGAGGAUAUUUUUCAAUGUUAAAUAAAAUAUAAAUAACUUAACACAAGAAAAAAUUUUUACAAAAAAGUUAUAAAUAUUUAAUUUAUGAUGUGACUCGCACUCACUCUACUUGGAAUUCUAGAGAUUAAGAUAAAAGAUAAGAUAAUUUAUGAUCUUGCAAUAUUAUAAUAUUUUUUCAUUGCGAAAUAUAAAUACUCGCAAUUAUUUAUGAACAUUUUUAAAUGCUUGAAAUAAUGGUUAUUCAAGAAAAAUUAAUUUUAUAUACUAUAUCCAUCGUUAUAUAUAAAAGAAAAUUCAAGAAUAUUUGUGAGAAACUUGGCGCAUCCGAUACGAGUUUUACAGAAAACAAACUUUAUGGAUUAUGUAGAAAAGUAGUAUUUUGCUCAAAUCUUCCAACAUCGACGUUAUAGUAUAGAAAAUGAAAUUUUAAUAAGAUUACUUCAUUAAGGACAAAGUAAUAUAAAUUUUUAUGAUUAUUUAUCAAUUAUCAUAUAUAUAUAUUUAAAAUUUCAAAACAUUUUUUAUUGCAAUAAUUAUAAUUAAAUGAUCUUGGAUUUUUGAAACGCUUUCUAAAUAAUGCAUUGAGUAUUAGAAUUAUUUUAAAAUUUGAUUCAAAUGAAAAUCCAAUACGUAAAAUAGAAGCGCAAAAGACAUAUAAAUGAUUUAUUAAAAUCUAAUAAUUCUUUUCAUAAUUUUAAAAAAUAAUACAGUUAUUAUAUCCAUUACUAUUAAACUAAAAAAAAAAUUACAAAUGAAAUGCUAUAUUAAUGCAAUAUUGAACCUUAAUGAAAAUUUCUCCUCCCCUUUUUUUAAAUUAUUAAAAAAUUGAAAAUGUAACUCUGAAUUAUAUUUUAUAACGAGAAGAGAUAUCGAAUUACGAUAUUUAAAUAUUUUAUUGUAAAAUUUUUAUGCGUGAAAAAAGUAAAACAGUAUGAUAUAUUUUACAAAGCUAGUAGAGGACAAUUAAAAUAAUUUACGCAUAUAGAAACAUUCGCAUACAUUUCUCGUUUUUACAUUUUAACAUUUCAUUUUGAAAUGGAAAUUUUUUUUCAAAUACCCGUAAUUAGAUCGAUAUUAUGUGUAUUGAUCGUAAAAUUUAUUCUACGAAAGAUAUACGUAAUGUGAUUAAUCAGAAAUACUUAUAACCAUUACGCACACAUCAAAUUUGUCGCAUGAAUAAUUAAAAAUGAAUCAUAAUCGUAUCGUGAGAACUGUUGCGCAUCAACAAUUUUAUACUUUAAUUAUAUGUGUUCCGGUAUUAUUACAUAUACGUAUCUUUAAGUAUACUUCGUACAUAGAUGAUUCUAAACCUGCUAUGAUUCUUUUUUAAGUAAAACUAAAGAAAACUGCUAAAAGAAAAAAAAGGUUAAAUUUUUAUUUUAACCUAUAUUUUCUAAUAUUUUACAAUUAUUUCUUAUACUUUAUAUAUUUUUUUUACACAUUUUAUAUAUGCAAAAUAAUAUAUAAUCUUUUUCAAAAUUCGAUUUAAUUAAUUGAAGUUGAUAUAUUCGAAUAUCGUUAAGUCAAAAUAGAUACAUGAAAUAACAAAUAUUUUAGAUUACGUAAAUAGAAAAUAAAAAAUAAUACUUAAAUAUAAUCGUUAAUUAAUAAUAUUACUUAUUGUUGAUUCUUUUAUUUACUUAAAAAAUAAUCUGUACUUCGUAAUAUUUAGAAUCAUUCUAAAUUGUUACAUGACGUUAUAAAAGAUAAAAAUCUUUUAUUAGUUCGAUCAAACUGACAAAAAAUCUAAGAAAUAGAAAAAUUGAAUAAUAUAAUGUUAAGUUAGAAUAUAGAAAUCAUUCAUAAAAAAAAUUAGUUACAAUUAUCAACAUAGAAAUGAGUCAAUGAUUCUUUCUUGCUUUAUAAACAUAAAGACAUUUGAUAUUUCAUUGUACUUCAUAAUUAGUUCCCAUAUAUGUUUAAAAAUAAAUAGAAAUACUAUAUUGUUAUAUUUGUUACGUAUUAAAAAUGAUAUUAUUCGACUAGAUAUCAUUCAUAAAUAUGUACGUAUUAUAAUAUAUAGUUAGUUAAAAAUAUUCGUAUCCUAUAUUAUUUUCGUAUUCUAUUCUAAAAGAAUUUUGAUUUUAUUUUGUACAUAUAUAAAUCACGACAAAUUAUAAUAUAUGGAAUAAUUUUUUUAUUGGUAAAAAAUUUUAAAAAUGAGAUUCAAUCAUCAAAAAAAGUUUCAACAUUUUUUAAAUUUUGAGAUUAUUUAUUUUUUAAUUUAAAAUUUAUUUCAUAUCAUUAUAAAAUUAUAUUUGAAAAAAUAAAAAAUGAAAUUGAACAUUAAUCAUUAAAAUAAUAUUUCAUUAAAAAAAUUUAUCAUAUAUGUAUAAUUCAUUAUCCUCUAAAUAAUUAUAAUUAUAAUUUUUAAUAUUUAUAUUAAAAAAAAAUAAUAACUUUUUUAAAUAAAAAGAAUAAAAUAAAUAAAUAAAUUUUUGUAACAUAGAACACGAAUAUUUUUAUAACUGAUUAUAGAUGCAUAUAUUGAUAGAAUAUCAAAAUGCAAACGCAUUGAACAGAAAUAGAAUAAUAAUCGUUCGAUACAUUGCGAUUAACGAUCGAUAUAAAUUUAGACGAAUAUGUCAUAUAAUAAUGAGUACAAAUGCUAAUUUCCCGUACUUUUAUAUUUUAUUGGAUAAGUAGCACAAAUAAAAACGAUUGUUACGCAAAGGCAACAAGAACUAGCUGCAUAAGCUUGUUAACAACGUGACUGUACACGUGAUAAGAAUAAAUAUCAUCAAGUGUGAUAUACGUCGUAUGCCGAAUAUAAAAAAUAAUAAGUUAAUGUACAAAAUUAAAUUGUCAAUUAGAAAAAGACAUCGAGCACUUUAGAUUUGUAAUUAAUUCAGAAUUUUAAUAAAUUAUUUUAUUCUCAUA